GAACUUUUUCCAAGAGCCGACCGAUUUUUUGGAUGCUCGCAUACACACACACGCACGCGCCCGCUCGCCCCGUCUCAGCAGCAACGCCCGCUGCACAAGCAUCGCCAGAAGAGGAGGAGCCACCACAUCCGCCGGGCAAUUGCAACCGCACCGCGCGCAUCCGCCGCUACACGAGGAAGGAGCUUCCGCAGCUCUCCACACCACCAGCGCCGAAAUGGGAGUCUUCAUUCUCAGCGAGACCAGCGCCGGCUAUGCGCUCUUCAAGGCCAAGGACAAGAAGCUGCUCAAGGGCGGCGAGGGUCUGUCCACGGUCGAAGAUGCCGCCGGCGCUCUGAAGCUCAAGAAAUUCACCAAAUUCGAGAAUGCCGUUACCGCGCUCAACGAAGCCGCAGCCCUCUCAGACAGCAAGGUCACGCCUAUGCUGUCGAAGCUGCUCGAGGAUCUCAAGGACGAGACCAAGGCGUCUCUGGCCGUGGCCGAUGCGAAGCUUGGUAACGCCAUCGCGCAGCUGCCGGGCCUUGACCUCAAGAUCGUCAGCGAUCAGUCUUCCACCAGCGAGGUCUACAGGGCCAUUCGCGAGCACCUGCCCUCUCUGAUUCCCGACAUGGUCCCGGCCGAAGUCAAUGCGACCCGGCUGGGUCUGGCCCAUUCGCUCUCGCGACACAAGCUGAAGUUCUCUCCCGAUAAAGUCGAUACCAUGAUCAUCCAGAGCAUUGGCAGUCUGGACGUUCUCGACAAGCAGCUGAACACCUACGCCAUGCGCGUGAAGGAAUGGUACGGCUGGCACUUCCCAGAGCUGGCCAAGAUCCUCAACGACAACCUCGCCUACAGCCGAGUUGUGCUCAAGAUGGGAUUCCGCUCUAACGCUCGGGAAGCUGACCUAUCAUCAAUCCUGCCCGAAGAAAUCGAGACAGCUGUCAAGGCUGCCGCCGAGAUCUCUAUGGGAACCGAGAUCAGCGAUGAGGAUCUCGAGGCAACGAGUGCAUUGGCUGAACAAGUCGUUGACCUUACCGAGCACCGCAUGAACCUUUCCAACUACCUGAGCAGCCGCAUGCAAGCGCUUGCGCCCAACCUGACACAGCUGGUCGGUGAGCUCGUCGGAGCUCGUUUGAUUGCGCACGCCGGUUCGUUGACCAACCUUGCCAAGUCUCCUGGUUCGACCAUCCAGAUUCUCGGUGCUGAGAAGGCACUUUUCCGCGCCCUCAAGACCAAGCACGACACACCCAAGUACGGUCUUAUCUACCACGCCUCGCUCAUCGGCCAGGCCACCGGUAAGAACAAAGGCAAGAUCGCACGUAUGUUGGCUGCCAAGUCUGCCCUCGGUCUGCGCGUUGAUGCUCUCAGCACCUGGGGUGUUGGCUCUGAAGAUACUUCCAAGGAACCCACCGAAGAGGAGAAGGCCCAGCUCGGCCGUGAUGCUCGGUCUACCAUUGAGAGGCGUUUGAGGGCGCUCGAAGGCAAGCCGUUGAAGAGCUUGGCUAACGCUAACAUGGUACCGGUUGCGCAGAAGUGGGAAGUCAAGGAGGCACGCAAGUACAACCCUGAUGCUGACGGUCUGACUGGCGAUGAGCCUGCUGCCAAGAAGACCAAGGGUCAAGUGAACGGAACGACUCCGAAGAAGCUCGUACAGGAAGUUGAGAGCGAAUCUGAGGAUGAGGAUGUGACCAUGGGCGAUGCCGGUGCUGACACAUCCGACUCGGAGGCUGAAGAGCCAACCACUGGCACCACCCCCAAGGACAAGAAGGCCGCAAAGAAAGCUGAGAAGGAGGCUAAGAAGGCACGGAAAGCGGAGCGCGCCGCGAAGCGCGAAGCCAAGGCAGCGAAGCAGGCCGCUAAGGAGGCGAAGAAGGCUGCGAAGGGCACGUCGGACAAGAAGCGAAAACACGAUGACGAUGAGGACAAGACCGAGAAAAAGAAGAAGAAGAAGAGCAAGGAUUAGGGGUCUCUGUCUCACGUGCCUUCGUUCCGCAAAUGUGUUGCCUCGGAAACGUUAAGUGUGUAUGUCAAAAUGGGCGACGGCGUUCGGGAUCUUUAUCUGACUUGCUAUAUACGGCGAGUGGCGCAGCUAUGGUUCGGCUUGGGCAUACUUGUAUCUGUUCUGUUCACUUUCGCGGAUGUGCAUGUAGCUUUGGAUGAAAGCUGGGGAGGAAUGAUGUGUGAUGAGUGGUUGUUUGAGAAAUACCCGCCGCAUCAUGUGUGAAUUUUACCAAUCCGUUCAAUGCCUCC